AUGACAAAGGUCUAUAUUCUGUAUGAGCACGCGUUAGGAUACGCACUGUUCCGAGUUAAAGUCAAGUCAUUAGAAACUUCAGAUGCCGUUGCUGCGUUACAACAGUUAGCUGCAGAUCUGUUAAACGAUGAAGAAGAGUUUAUGAAAUGUUUUAAAUUGCAUGCAUUUGUGCCUUUCUCCUCCUCAGCUAGUGCUCUACAAAAUUGUAAUGGGAUAUCAGAAGGUGUUGUUCCACAGGAACUUAAAACGUUCAUAGAGGAGAAUUUACCUGCUUUUUCAGAUGUUUUGCUGUGCAUCUCAGACCGGAAACUUGCUGAAUCUCUUAAAGCGCCUGAAGUUGGAUUGCCUGAAACUAUUGCAUGUUCAUCUGAAUCCAUUCUUCAUGAAGUCUAUAGGGCUAUCCGAUUUUACUUUCCUAAAUACAUCAAAGAAUUUUCGCAUUUCGAUGAGUCAAAAGCUCAAAUAGGUUUGGGUCAUAGUUACUCUAGAGCCAAAGUGAAAUUUAAUAUAUACAGAAAUGACAAUAUGAUUAUUCAGUCCAUAAAUUUACUAGACCAAUUAGAUAAAGAUGUGAAUAACUUUUGCAUGCGUGUCAAAGAAUGGUUCUCUUAUCAUUUCCCAGAAUUGUCAAAAAUUGUUCCUGACAAUCCAACUUUUGUUAAAGUAGUCGGUCUUAUUCGUACCCGAGCUGGUGCAACAGAAGAAAAUCUUGAAGCAUUGGAGGCUUUAACUAAUAGUCAAGUUGCUUCAGAUAUCAUUGAAUCUGCUAAAUCAUCCGUCGGCUUCGAUAUUACGGAUGAUGAUGCUGAGAAUUUGGCAACAUUCACUGAAAAAAUUAAUGCAUUGAUUGAACGUAGAAGACUAACACAAGAAUAUUUAGCAAAGAAACUUGCUGGUGUUGCCCCAAACUUAAGCACAAUGAUUGGGGACAGAGUAAGUGCAAGGCUAAUUGCUCAUGCGGGAUCCCUUACGAACUUGGCUAAAUUCCCUGCCUCUACAAUUCAGAUAUUGGGGGCGGAAAAAGCGUUAUUCAGAGCAUUACGAACUCGUGGUGCUACACCAAAGUAUGGAUUGAUUUAUCAUAGUCAAUUUAUCACUCGUGCUGCGCGAGAAAAUAAGGGGAAGAUCUCUAGAUUUUUGGCUGCCAAAUGUGCUAUAGCCUCUCGAAUCGACUGCUUUAGUGAAGUGCUUUGUGAUAUCUAUGGGAAACAUCUGAAGCAACAAAUUGAGGAUAGGCUGAAUUAUUUUGAGACUGGCACUACGCCCCCUACAAAUGCUGAAGCUAUGGCGCGCGCAAUUGCUGAGGUGAAUAAAUAUAUUCAACGAACGAAGAAAAAAGCAAUUAAAACACUGAAUAAAAGAGAUUCAGAUAGUCAAGAAGAAGCAACUGUCACAACACUCGAAACACCUAUAUUAGAUAGUAAAAAGAAACGUAAGAAAAAGCGUAAUUUAAUAAAUGGGAACAUUACUACCACUACUACAACUACUGUUGUGGAUGAUGUUUCUAAUGAUCCGAAUGAAAUAAUGAAUCAUGAUGAAGGAGAAUUAGAUCAACAACAACAAACAACCGAAAUAAAUCAAUAUCAACUAUUAAAUGAUGACAAAGAAGAGAAAAGUACAACGAUGAAGAGAAAGAAAAAACGUUAUCAUUCAGAAUCAAUUGAUCUUGUUGAAAAUUCAAUGUUAACAAAUGGUGAUCAUAUUUGUAUAGAAACAAUAGAAACACCAAUAUUAUCUCAACGUAAACGAUCCGCUUCUGAAUCCAGUAUACUAUUAGAGGAUAUAAAAUCGGAUAGUUUAAAAAAGAAGAAAAGAAAAAAACAUCCUAUAUAA